CGUUCUUCUUUCAUCCUCUUCCCCCCCCUAAUCACGCCCAAACUCACUCACGGCACCCUUCGCGACACCGGGUCCGUCUCCAACUCGCCUCCACGAUCCAGGAUUUAUCGCGAAAUCCUCGCCAAUCCCUUGCAACAUGUCGGCCGAUGAUAUCGACGACGAGCUCUUCGCCCUCGCUGGCGGUGACGAAGAUGCAGACGUCGAAGAAGGCGAGGCCUCGUCGCCCGCAGCCUCAUCGCCAAACUCGUUAGGAUCCGACGCCAUGGACGAGUCGGAUUCAGAUCGCGACGAUGACGUACCAGAGCGCUCCGCAGACGUCCCUUACCCCCUAGAGGGCAAGUACAUCGACGAAUCAGACAAGCGCCGCAUCCUUGGCCUAUCGCAGCUGGAGCGGGAAGAGAUCCUCGGUCAGCGCGCCGAGGAGAUGAGCAGCGCCAACUUCAAGGCCGAGCUCGCCAGGCGCGCCGCCAACGUCCAGAACGACAGGAAGCGCAAGGCUGAUUCCGAGGACGCCGACGAGCGCAGGAGCACUCGCCCCAAGGUACAACCGCGGAAGAACGAGAAGCUCGAGGCAUACAAGCGUGAGCGAGAGCAGCGUGGCCAGCAACGACAGCGGAACGACGACCGACGCAGUGGCCGCAGGCGGUCCAGCUCGGGAGAUCGUGACGGUGGCUCAGAUGUCGACGCUGAUGGUGAGAGCGACGUCGAGUGGGACGACCGGGCACCAGAGAAGGCCCGCGAAGAGCUGCCUGCCACUCUACGCGAUUUCGAGUCGGUUCGUGUUGGUCGAGGAUUCUUCUCAGAAGUCUGCUUCCACCCAGGCUUCGAAGAGGCUCUGACUGGCGCAUUUGGACGUGUGGGCGUUGGCCAGGACGCGCAACGGCGGACACUAUACAAGAUGGCGCAAAUCAAGGGCUUCUCAGCUGGCAAACCAUACGUUUUUGACGGCAAGGACGGUAAGCGCGUCGCGACUGACCAGUACGUUAUUGCGCAACACGGCUCCGUCAAGAAGGACUACCAGUUCCAAUUCAUGUCCAACCAACGCUUCACCGAGAACGACCUCGACAUCUACCGGCAAUCUCUCAUAGAGACCAACGCCAAGGUCCCCACACAAUCCUUCCUCCAGCGGAAAUACGACGACCUCAAGGCGCUCCAAAACCACCACUGGACCGACGCCGACAUUAGCGCGCGCAUCGCCAAGUCCAAGAAGUACGCCCAUCUCCUCAACCGCCCCAAUGCCGACGCCCAGCCCAAGAUCGCAACGCAAUCAGAAACAGCCGCGGCCCGCAUCGCCGAACUGAACCGCAAGAAUCGCAUCCAGGAAGCCGAGCGCGUCCGCAAAGCUCAAUUCGACCAACAGCGCCAGAAGAAGAUGGAGCAGAAGAAGGAACUUGCUAGGCGCAAGGCCGAAGAAGAAGCCCGCAAGGCGCAGGAAGAAGAGGCGCUCAAGAAGAGUAACAACCUUGAUGUCGAUGCGCUGUUCGAUGGCGAUGGCUCCAGCAGAGCGAGCACGCCCAACCCGCAGCAGCCGCAGAAGAAGAAGACGGAGCGGAAAGGACUGCCGACGUUUAGGAAGCCGAAGAUGGACGACGAUAUCAUUGCUAGUAUGGAUAUUGGCAUGGAUAUUGAGAUUUGAGCUGCCUGUCAUGCGUAUGACUCGGUUUGGUAUGGUGCUAGUGUUGGGCUUUGGCUUGCCUUCUUUUCCAGCUUGACCUUUUCUAUUAUAGACGAAGACACCAAAAGCUUGAAUGUUUUGGGUUCUUAGCAUUGCGUGGUGUUUGAGGUUGCCGGUUGCUUGAGACUCCAUAGGUGGAUGGGGAUGUCUUGGUAUCCAUGUUCUUUUCGUGCCGAUAUCUGGUAUUCAUUCACAAAUUAGUAUUAUAUACCAAAGAACUUUAUUUUCGAGAUCAGCUCGUACGCUCAUGCCAUGUCACGACAUGUCAAAAGCAGUCACGACAUCUUGGAACGAAGCUUGUUGUAGAAAACCUUGUAGAUUUU